AAAAAAAAUAAAAAUAAAAAUAAAUUUUUUUUUUUUUUUUCUAAAAAAAACAUGUCGUUUUAUUGCUUCGAGACAAGACAAGACCGUACUUUGGCUCCUUAUCCACCACCAGAAUUUUCUCAACAAAUAGAGAAAAUGUCACCUACAGAAAUAGUGGACCAUAUAAUAAAUACAAAUAUUGACGCAAUUACUCUUUCAAAGAUUGAAAAAGCAAUAGCCGUUCCACUUAGACAACUUAUUUCUCCAAGAGAAAAUAGAAGACGUCGUGCUAUUCCUCGUCCUCAAAAUAAUUUUGUACUUUAUCGUAGAAAUUUUCAUGCUGUUAUUACAAAACAACAAGGUCAUGGUGUUGCUAAAAAUUUUAAAUUAAUAUCAAAUGAAGCUGCUAAAAAUUGGUCUGAAGAAUCAAAUGAAAUUAAACAAUUAUAUGAAUUGAUUGCUGAUUGUGCUAAAAAAGUUCACGAUUGUACUUAUCCUCAAUAUGUUUAUCAACCAAAACACAAGUCCAAUAAAAAAGGUGCUAAUGGUACCAUUUUUAGAGAAGUGACUGUGGAUUCUUGUAGUAAAAAGAAUGAUAAAAAAGAAAAAGAUAUGAAAGAAUUAUUAAAAGAAAAAGAAGAUUUAAAGAGAGAUAAAAUUACCAUGACAAAAAGUUUUGUUGCUUCUACAACUUUCUUAUCUGACAUGAAUCCGCCCGUAUGUAUUAAACCCAGACUAGAUAUAUUAGCAAGCGCCGAAGAAGGUAAUAAAAAAUGGCGCUGGGCUCAUUAUACUCAAAGUGACCCACCAAAUAACGUUAGUAGUAACAACCCCAACAAUAUUAACCCCAACAAUAAUAAUCCUUCCAACGUUAAUAAUCCCUCUAACGUUAACAACGUUAAUAAUCCUUCCAACGUUAAUAAUCCUUCCAACGUUAAUAAUCCUUCUAACGUUAAUAAUCCUUCAAACAAUAAUAAUCCUUCCAACAAUAUUAACUCCAACAACAACUCCAACAAUUCCAACAUUAACAACAGUAGUAACAACAUUAACAAUAACAUUAACAAUUCCAACAUUAACAACAACAUUAACAACAACAUUAACAACAACAUUAACAUCAACGCUAACAGCAACAUCAACAGCAACGCUAACAGCAACGCUAACAGUAACAUUAACAGCAACGCUAAUAGCAACGCUAACAAAACCAACAUCAUCAUCAACAACAACAACAUCAACAACAACAUCAUCAAUAACAACGACAUCAAUAACGAUAACAGUGAUAAUAAUAAUGAUAAUAAUAACGAUUACGAAGACGAUAAUAAUAAUCUUAUGGAAGAUGUAACUCCCAUAACAUCAAGUCCUCCACCACCUAUUCAACCACCACAACCACCACCACUACCACCAACACCAGCUUUAUUAUUACCUCCGAUAGAUAUUCCAAUAUCUUCAAAUUUCCUGGCUACAUAUGAUAGAAAUAUUUGGAAUUUGGUCAACGGUUACACACAUGUUUAAAAGUUUUUUUUUUUUUAUGUCAGAUAAUUUAUCUUGGGGUCUUUCUCUUUUUUAUCUUAUUUUUCUGUUAUAUAUAAAAUAUAGUAAAUAGUUUUAGCAUUUACCAAAAAAUUUAAACGUAGGGAAUUAAAAAUUUUUUAUAUAAUUUUUUUUUAUUUCUCCCUCUCUUGUACAAAAAAAAAAAAAAAAUAAUUUUUUUGAACUCAAUCUUUGCAUAUACUCAUAAAUAAAAUAUUCCUGAUGUCAAACUUGUUUUAGUGACAAUCGAAAUAUUUUUUUGUCAACAUUUCUCGCUUGUGUCACAUGAAAGAACAAUAUCACACAAAUUUUUUCGUGUGUCCGUUACACUAUCAAUCUAACAAAGAAAAUCAAUAUAAAAUAAAUAUUUAUGUCACGAUGAUGUUCAUUCUUGUCAAAUCUCUUAAUUAAAAAGGUGAUAUUAAACAAUUAAAAUUAGUAUUUGUAAUCAAUUACAAAUAUCAUAAUAAAA